AUGGACGUCGGGAGCGCGGUUCUGGAUGUAGCAGCUCUGCGGCAGCUCACCAAUCCGGCAGACAUCCCCCGCCUGCUCAGUGCCGCUCUAGUUCGGGAGCGUGCCAUUGAUACCGAACUGGAGGGGAUGCUGGGAAGGCGUGAGGCCAUCCAGGCCGAGAUGCUGGAGAUGACUGCCUCCACCAGCGAGGCGCUGCAGAUGCUGGCCGUGGAGGCCGAGGCCCUGGAAGAAAGCACCGCCGGCUCCGCAAACCUGGCCCAGCGCGUCAGCUCUCAGGUGCGGGCCCUGGACGCCACCCAGACCCGGGUCCAGGGCGCGCUCUCCCACAUCGCCGGCCUUCUGGGCCGGGCGGCGGCGGUGGAGGGCGUCGCGCGGGCUUUGGCCCGCGAGGAUUACGAGGCCGCAGUGCACUGCGUGGACGAGUACUUGACCCUGGAGGAACAGACCCUGGCCGCGCUGGGGGCUAGUGGGGCGUCGCCGACGGCCGUCGCCGGCUCAAAGGCCGGCGGGGCGGGGGUGGCGCCUCCGGCCGAGCAUGGCGUCGGCAGCGUGGCCUGCCUCGCCGGCGUCUCUGCCGAGCAGGCGGCUGCCUUUGCGCAGCAUCGGCGCAGCGUGGAGGAGGCGGUGUCGGCGUGCCUGACGGCGGCCGUGGCAGCCGGCGACCACGCCGCCGUGCUGCGCUUCGCCGCGCUGCACCCGCCGCUGCGCCAGGCGCAGCGUGGCCUGGACGCGCUGCUGCGCCACCUGGCUGGCAUGAUAUCCUCCCGCGCCGCCGCCGACCACGACGCGCUGGUGGGCGCGGUGGAGGGCACCCAGCCCGACUACGUAGGCGCGCUGACCAACCUGUUCAAGGACGUGGCGUCGGCCGUCGACGAGCACCUGGACCUCUUCAUCAACAGCUUCGGCCUUGACCUGGCCACGACGGCGGUGCUGACGCUGCACGGCGAGGUGGAUCUGCACGGCAGCCGCAUCCUACAGCGCUACGCGGACCACCGCCGUCUGGCGCGGCUGGCGGGCCAGGCCAGCAUCCGCGGCGGCGGCUUCGCGGCGGCGGUCCGCGAGCUGCUGUCCCACUACAUCAGCCUGGAAGAGUACUACAUGGAGGAGAGCGUGGCCAAGGCGCUGGCCAUCUCGGGCGCGGGGCCAGGGGACUUGACCUCCAGCGCGGUGGACGACGUCUUCUUCGUGCUUUCCAAGGCCGGCGAGCGCGCGCUGGGCACGGGGCGUGCGCCUAGCGCAGUGGCCGUGCUCAACGGCCUGCACGGCGCGCUGACCUCGCGCUUCUGCGCCGCGGUGGCGGCGGGGCAUGCGGCCAAGCUGCGCGCGCGGCUGGAAGGCGCGGCGGCCGCCCGCUUCCGCGCCGCCUCGGACCGCGACCGGGUCCUGCAGGUCCUGGCCGACCUGGGGAAGAGCGUGGUCAUGCGCGUCCUGGACGGCGUGCUGGCGCGGCUGGAGGCGGCCGUCGCCGCGCGCCGCUUCUCGCAGCUGGGGGGCCUGGCGCUGGAGCGGGACCUUCGCCUGCUCGCGGGCCGCGCCUCGGAGCUUGCGGGGCGGUCGGUGCGCGACCGCUUCGCGCGCCUGGCCGCCGUCGCCCUGCUCCUGGGCCUGGAAAGCGUGGCGGAGGCGGCCGACCUGUGGGCCGAGCCCGGGGGGGGGCUGGCCCUGCGCCUGAGCGAGGGCGAGGUGCGCGCCGUGCUGGCCCAGCGCCGGGAGUGGUCGCAGGACGAGAUCUCGCGCCUGCGUCUAGCCUGA